UUUAUUUUGACCGUUGCAGAUGUCUAAAUUUUAUAUUUAUUUGAUUUUUUUUACCGUUUUUUUUGUUGUUGUAGUUUUUUUGUUUGUUUUUGAGUUGAGGACCGGAAAUGGCGAGGAAGUUUACAGACAAAAACCGAACAACAUGGAUUUUAAAAAUGGAGCAGCAAAGACACGGCUAACAAUAAAAGUACAGCAGAGACAUCUUGUCUCGGAUAAACUCUGUCGACGGUCUUUACUUUUAUUUUCAGAAGUCGGCAAAAACCACCGCGAGGACAGCAGCCUAACCACAGCCGUUACCGGAGGACUAUACCCGGUACCGAGCAGCAGACACCGCCGGUUCAGCUGUCCCACCUCGGCAGAGACCAGCGGCGUCAAAUGGGACCGGAGGACCAACAUGACACCGAGCCAGAGGACCACAUCCCGGGAGCAGCGGCCAGAACGAUGAAACGCACUUCAGGUCUGUUUUUGCUCCUUCUGUCGACGUGCUCGGCUCACACCUAUGAAAAUGUGGCCCUGCGAGGAAAAGCGACGCAGUCAGACCGGUUUGCAGAUUUGUUUGGAAUUGCCUCCAAUGCUAUCGAUGGAAACCGUGAGUCUAACUAUGGAGCCGGAUCAUGCACCCACACUGAGGAACAGACCAACCCCUGGUGGAGAGUGGACCUGCUGGAGUCCUACACCGUCACCUCCGUCAUCAUCACCAACAGAGGAGACUGCUGCGCAGAAAGGCUGGACGGGGCAGAGAUUCACAUCGGCAACUCUUUACAAGACAACGGUGCCGCAAACCCAGUGGCGAGCAUCAUUUCUCACAUCCCAGCAGGCAGAUCUCUAAAGAUGACUUUUACCAGACACAUGGAGGGCCGUUAUGUGACUGUGGUCCUACCUGGUUUAAAAAGAGUCCUCACACUCUGCGAGGUGGAAGUCUACGGGUACCGUGCCCCAACUGGAGAGAAUUUGGCGCUCCAAGGAAAAGCCUCUCAGUCGUCGCUGUAUUCUACGGGAAUCGCAUAUUUAGCCAUUGACGGGAAUCGAGACAGCGUCUGGGGCCAUGGUUCUUCUAGCUGCACACAAGCUGACUUCAGCCCCUGGUGGCGACUGGACCUGGGCAAAACCCACAAAGUCUUUUCUGUUAACAUAACCAACACUAUCGAUUCUGUCCCGCAACGACUUAAUGGAGCCGAGAUCCGCAUCGGAGAUUCUCUUGAAAACAAUGGCAACAACAAUCCCAGGUGUGCUGUGAUCUCUAGCAUCCCUGGAGGCUUCACCCACACCUUCCAGUGUAACGGGAUGGACGGUCGCUACGUUAACGUGGUCAUUCCUGGCAGGAGCGAGUACCUGACUCUGUGUGAGGUGGAGGUGUACGGCUCCAGACUGGACUAGGUCACACAGCUGUAAAUCCAUUUCACACAGGAGAGUUUCAGCUGAUGCUCUUGUGCAGAUUGUUGAGAUCAUGGCUUUAAGGUGAAAGCUGAAACAAUGUUGUGUCCUUACAAAACAAACUGAAAAAAAUAAAAAUGUAUAAGAAUUAAAAACAAAAACAAUAAAGUUGAUAAAAAAUA